GGAAGUGCUAUUUAGGGAUAGUACCCAAUCUUUGCAGUUUUCUGCGCUCUACUUUCCCUUCUUCAGUUCUUUGUUGUUUUAGAGUGGAUGUUUUAGGGGUGUUGGCAAGGAAGGUCUUGCUUAUGCCUUUUAAUUUCCCUUUCUGCACCUGUUGAUUGUGGUUUUUUAUUUUUAGUCUGUUUUUUAUUGUGUAAUGGUACUAUUUGCCUCUGCAACCUUGAGAUGUUACAACAAAUUAUAGAGAAGACUAUUGUCUCUGCAUGGUGGUUUAUUUUACCUGCUUUAAAACUGUGUCUUGCUAGCUUUAUCAAGUGGUUCUUAGUUCUAGUACUGUGAAUUUUAUUAAGUAAUAGUUCUGCACUUACUUAUUCACUGCAUUUAGAAGUUUCUGAAACCAAAUCAUAUUCCUUUUGUAGUAUUGUCUCCAAAGUAAGGAGCCUUAUCCUUCUUAAUCUUUCAUUACAGUGCAGCAGCUGCUGCAAGCCUUUAAUCGUUGUAGUUGCUAUUGUCUGCUCUUCAUUAGAGUCCCCUGUACUUUGAGUCUAACUCAGCUGAGCGCUUUCCAAGAUGUGGAGUUGCGUGUGCCGCUCAGGAUGUGGGCUUGCUAAGGUUUUCUGGAGGGACCUUAUGUUGAUGGUCCCUCUGCCUUGUUCUUAAUACCUUUUCUGAGGUAUAACCAAUGCUUAGUUGCUUCUCUUUGAGUGCUGGUGUAUAUUGAGUUGAUAGCAUCAGAGAAACACCAGUGAUGAGUUUAGGAACUGUUUACUAUGUCACUUUCAGUUCUCAAUUUGUUAUAGAUGGUUUAGAUUAUUGUUUCUACCUGUUUAUGAGAUUGAAAACUCAUCUGCUGUCUUUUGCAUGCUCAAUUUGUGAGGAUAUCCUUACUUGUCAAUGUGAAAAGUUUAGUAUCAUAUGCCUACUGUGUGUUCACCCUUUAAACCACCUCCUCUGCAAGUCACUGAUGUUGAAUAAAACUGUUCCAAGCAGUGAUUCAUGGUGGGCUGUCGUACUGACUCAUCUCUGUAGUAGUGGAAAAUUAAGCCCUGCCUUUUGCUUCCUGCUUUUUGAACAGUUGUGUUUUUCCAGCCUUUCGUUCAAUCCAGUGGUAACUGAGUUUCUCUGCUAAUCUCUGAUGUGAAAACUUGUGAGAGGCUUCUUAAAGAAACAAAUGACACGAGAGCAGUAUAUAUUAGCGACACAACAGAACAGCCUUCCAAGGACUGAUCAUCCUCAGUUUUACCCAGUGGGGAUUUAUGGAUGGCGAAAGAGGUGCUUAUACUUCUUUGUCCUUCUGCUGUUGGUUACCAUGAUUGUUAAUUUAGCAAUGACAAUAUGGAUUUUGAAGGUUAUGAAUUUCACAGUGGAUGGAAUGGGAAAUUUGAGAGUCACUAAAAAUGGAAUACGACUUGAAGGAAUAUCUGAGUUUCUACUUCCACUAUAUGUGAAAGAAAUCCAUUCCCGAAAGGAUAGCCCACUGGUCUUACAGUCUGACAGAAAUAUAACAGUGAAUGCAAGAAAUCACAUGGGACAGUUAACUGGACAACUGACAGUAGGAGCUGAUGCUGUGGAGGCCCAGUGUAAGAGAUUUGAAGUGAGGGCUAGUGAAGGUGGAAAAGUGUUGUUUUCUGCAGAUGAAGAUGAGGUUGUCAUUGGAGCCGACAGACUGAAAGUAACAGGCACGGAAGGGGCAGUGUUUGGGCACUCUGUGGAGACACCCCAUAUCAGAGCAGAACCUUCCCAAGACCUCAAACUUGAAUCUCCUACUAGAUCUUUGGUGAUGGAAGCACCCAGAGGAGUGCAAGUCAAUGCAGCUGCAGGAGACUUAAAGGCUACCUGUAGAAAAGAACUGCACUUACAAUCCACAGAAGGAGAGAUAUUUUUAAAUGCAGAUACAAUUCGUCUGGGAAAUCUACCAAUGGGUUCCUUUUCUUCCUCUUCCUCACCGUCCUCCUCCUCACCGAGCUCUUCAGCUCCUCGUCAGACUAUCUAUGAGCUCUGCGCCUGUCCCAAUGGUAAACUUUACCUGUCUCCAGCUGGAGCAGGCUCCACAUGUCAAUCAAGUAGCAACAUCUGCUUGUGGAGCUAGAAUGACUCCAAUUUAUCCUCACACCAGAAUAGCCUUUUGUUACUAUCCCUCUGCUUCACAGUUCUGCUCGGUUUCACUUGUGACAAGUUCAAUGCUUCAAACGGCCUGCAGAGCAACUUCUUCCAGUGUAAGCAGGAAUACAGCGCUGCCUUCUCUUGUGGUUUGUGUUGCCACUCAACAUAGAGAUAGGAGUGAGAUAUUCAGAAAUCAAUGUAUUCUCCAUCAGGAAACCUGGAACAUAAUAUCAUCUUUUGUCCAAAAGGGAGAAUUACACAGGUGCCUUUGCUACAUGAAGUGAAGCACAUAGUUCUGAAUUUUUGCAGGACCUGGAUAUGAACUGCACAUAUAUAUAUACACACAAUACACAAACAAAUUUGCCCAGAAUCUGAUGGUGAGAUUAAUUGGUUUCCCCUGUGUGAUAAAUACCUUUACUGUCUGAAAGCACAAUUUUCCAUUCAUUUUUUUUGGAUGUAAACUUUUAUCCUUGAAUUUUAAAAUUUUGAAGCAUUGUGUGAUGCUUGCUUUACUAAAUUCAAUUAAGUAAAUGGUUUUUAACACAAAAAGAGACAGAAUCCCUCCCUGACUUUGGUUUCUUUAAGUGUGUUGUUAAUCUUUGUCUACAAAGUCUAAGGUUUUGUACACUAAGUAAAUUUUGGAAAUCCUCAGCAAUAUUACCUUUUAAAAUUAAAAAGACAUCUGCUCUUGUUUGUCAGAUUUGAAUGGCCUUAUAUAGUAUUUUUGUGGCUACUGCAUGUGAAGCGAUUGCUUUAAGUAGAACAUACAGUUUCUGGAAAAUAACAAGGUAAAGAGGGAAAUACAGAUCUGUUUGUUGAUCAGUGUGGUACUGUUCACAAGGUAUUUAUAAUUGGCAAAUGCCAAAAAAAGAUAAAAACCUUCACAGUUACAUCUUGUCCAUUUCCUAGCUGUGUCUAACUGCUACCAUUUGAACACAGUACAAACAUUAGUACUAAUGUAACACAUAAUGCUGAGAAGCAAUGAACUAACAAUUGGUAUGAUAUUCACAUUUAUUAUUCUCUUUUGUUUAUUGUCCGCUGCUAAGAUUUUCAAAGUAAUAAUAACAUAUAGAAAACAUAUGAAAUGACACUUGAUAUUAAAAAGUACAUUGAUAUUACAUUGACUUUAUCAAGUCUGUGUUUAAAUUAUGCAGCCCUAUUUGCACUCAGAAUUCACUACUGACUUCCUUUUUUGAGAAGUCUGAUGUGGGAUUUCUUUCCCAGAUCUAUAUUCAUACUUAUCUGGCUUGGUUGGUACUUGGAAUCUUCUAAGAAGUGUUUUGGUAUGCUGUUAGUAAAAUUAUGAUAACAUUGAUUAACAAGAGUAUCUUCGAACUUGCAGAACCCAAGAAUGUAAAACAGUAUAAAAAUGUUUCCUAUUGUGAAAGAUGGCUUGAUUACACGAGGUAAGUGUGCUUUACAGUUCUGCCCUUUAAAUUACAUCACCUGGCAUGUAGCUUUAAGGGCUUCUGAAUGUAAGACAACCAAUAUAAUGAUGACAUUUGCAAGGGAAUUCUAAAGCCAGGGCAGACAGUGCAAGGUGGGUAUUUCUACGCAAUAUUUUGUUUUUUCUUGGUGAAAAAAAAAACGAAAUUGAGCAUGUUAAAACUGUGGUUAACUUUGUACUUUAUUACCACCUAAUAAGAUUUAUUUUGUUUUCACUUCAGUUGAAAUUCACUCCUAUGCACCAGACCACUGCUUGACCGGUGCUUGCCUUUCUAUUAGCCCUCUUCAGAGGUGUGAAUUUCACUUCAUAACAGGAAUUAUAUACUUCUUUUUCCUACUAGUUAAAAGAAGACUUAAAAUUGAUUAUUUUAUCUCCUCAAUAAAAGGCUGUUAAGAAUUUUAUUCUUUCACUUGGAAAGAAAAUAUAUUAGAAUUGCAAGAAAAUAUAUUAGAAGCCUGAGGAUUUUUAGUAGGAGGUGCAGAAAGAUAUGAAUGACAAAGAAAUUGAUAAUAAAACAUUAGAAAGUGUAGCCAUAAAAUAUGUUCUUAAAACUGCAAGGAAGUAGAUGUCUUUUUCUUAUGAACACAAGUAAUAGAAUGGUGGUGUGAAAGUCAUGUGGAUAAAUAGUAUUUCAGGAGAAGUAUAGAUCUGUAUGAGGACACAUCUAAAUGUAUUCAUUAUCUACACAAACCUACAUACACUUGUUGCUUAAAAGAUGAACAAACAGGUUAUAGUGACUAAUCUUUUUGAUGAAUUAAAUUGUGACUUCUUACAAACUGCACACAAGUAGACUAAGAUUUUUUUUUCAUCCUCAAAUAAACCCACAGGAUAGCUUGCAGCUAUUUUGUAAUUGAUUUUCCAUUGAGGUUUUCUUAUUUGUUUUCUCUUCACCUUACGUGAUUACUUACCCGUAAUAUGUACAAAAAAAGAUUUCUGACCACAGGAUGGAAAGACCCAACCUUUAUAAAACUUACACAAACUUAAGUGGGAACAGGCAGGUAGGAAAAAAACCCAAAUCUUUCAUGAUUACAUUCAUUUUUACAACAAGGCUGGAAUAAUUUACGAUUUAGUAUGAAGAAAACUCAGGGCAGAGAUGCGAGUGGCACAUUGAAGUCAACACAACCAAGUUAGUUAACCCACAUAGCUCUGCACUGUCAGGAUUUUCUUGCUUGUAGUCCCUUCAGUCUGAAGUAGAAAGUAUUCAGUACUCAGCAGAGCUUCAGCAACCUAUGAGAUGGCAUAACACAUUCUCAUAACGUCUUAAUAUUCUGAUAAAUUUCAUAAUAUUGAUAUUUUACUUUAAAUCCAUUGACAACUGUAAAAAGGGGACAAUCUCAUUUUUUAUUUUAGAGAAUGUUUCUAGCCCACAUGAUUUCAGAGAGUACUGAAAAAGUGAUUUCAACACAUUUGGAGAACUAGAACAUUAAAUGAUCUGUAGAUAGUGCCAUCAUUCCUGAGUUGGAGGAGAAACGGACUGAGUCCACCUGAAUGUUUGGAGCUGGCAAUAGUGAAAACCUUAAUAGUAGAGCUCUUCCACUUAUAGUGUGCCCUAAAAAUAUCCCAUGAUGUCAUUUGAAAUAGAAGGAAGCUAGAAGAUCUCAGCGUGACAAUCAAAUUAAAACAUGGAGCCAUAGCUGUGCUAUUUCAAUGCUGGUUUUAUAAUGCUGACAUCAUUGUGUGCAAAGACCUAGGAAAUUUUCAUAUUCUUUUUCUCCCCUUCCUGGCCCUGUCAAGUUAUUUCAGUCUUUGUAGGCCAUUUAUAAUAUCUAACUUUUAGCUGAUGAUUCAGGCCAAGCUGAUGUUUGUCUAGGUAGAGUGCUUAUCUGACUGAGUAUUUUGAUUGUGUAUUUUAGAGAAGAGAUGUCACUUCUUAUUGUGGUUAGGGCAAGAAUCUCCCACUAAAAACUCACUCUGUUGUGACAAUUGUAGGGAAAUAUCAAAGACCUUAGGGUAUUUUUAAAUGUUAAUAUUAGGGCAAUUUUUUUUUAAAAAAAAAUCGGUGAUUAAAAUAUUCCUCUGAGGUUUAUUUUAGUACAUGGAUACAUAUAUCAAACAGAGAUUCUUUUUGUACUAGACUGUUUGUAUGGGAACCACUAAGAUGGCAUUGCAGCUGUUUGACUUCUUCAGGGCUAUCCUUAUGAAAACAAAAAAGUACAUGAGAAGACCUUAUGAGCUACAUAUAUUUAGUAUAUCCAAUAGAUUUGUCCUCUGUAAAAAUAUUUGUGUCAUGAUAUUAUAGGAUACUGUCUCUUUCUUGUUUAAAAAAGGAAAAAUAAAAGCAUCAGCCAACCUCUCCGAGCACUGUUAGCUGUAUGGUUUUGUAUUGCAGUUCAUUCAUUGGUUAGGUGACAAGACCAAAGACUGACACUUCUAUUGUAUCUAACACUAUGACACUGCUGCUUCUACUAAUUCUGUUGGAAUGAAGAGAUGACAAGUUGUAAUUACAACAUGAAAUUGUAACAUAGUUUAGAUUUGUGCAGCAUUUUGAGCUGUAGAUUGUUCACUUUUUUCCAGGGUUUAAAUUUUUUGUCAGUGUGGUGCAAUCACAUUAUUGUUCAUGCAUAGGAAGAUUUUUGGUGUUCUAAGAAAACAAAGAGUGCGUAUUCCAAAACACGCCAAGACAUUGCUUGUUUCAACUAAGGUUAUACUGUUUUGCUUGCAAAGCAGUGGCUUGAUUGUAUUACAGAAUUCACUUUAAACCAUUUUAGAUGCAGAGGGCUAUUAAGUCCAGGUUGAAGACAGCCAUAAUUGUCUAGAAGGAUUUAGGUAGGGGUGUUUUAAGGUAUUAAGUCACUAACACCACGUAUGAUUUUUGUGGAUAUUUUUCAGAUUCUAAAUCAUUGUCUAAAUAAAUGUAAUGCAUAUGUAAGUCAGAUGAAGUUUGAGCGUCAUAUUGUUUCAAUCAGUACUCAGUAAAAGUCUGCAAACCAUUUUUGUUUUGUAACCUUCAUGUCAAUGAUUUUCUUAUGUAUAUAAAUAUAUAAAAAGAUGGGAACUAUUUUCUUACACAUACUAUGCAAUAUGUUUGUAAAACUGCAAUAUUACCAAAAUUACAAAAGCUGUGCUUUUGUACUCUCUUGAUUUAUGUAAAACAAAUCUUUUUUCUAUUUAAUUAUUCUAUGUGACUUCUAAUUGUAGAUAACAUUAUUCAAAAGCAUUAUGCUGAAACUUUAAGGUUUUUUUUUUAUUUUCCUUGGAUUUUUUGUUUUAUGAAAAUAAUAGCAAGGUUUUGGAAGUUGGAAAUUGCUUUUUCUUGGAAAGCUGGAACUUUUACAGCCUGUAAUUAAUACAGACAGUUUUAAAUCUCUCAUGUAUUUCUUUCAUUUGUUCUUAGCAUUUUCAUCUGGUGCUACUAUAUAAUCAUAAAUAUAUGUUAUAAACAAAGUAGGAAACAUAUCAGAAUUCAUUUCAAAAAUAAUCAAGUGGGAAUUUUCUAAGACUGAGCAAAAGAUGUAGGAUAACUGAUGAGAAAUUUUUAGAUUUUCUGUAUAUUUUUAUUUGAUAGAUUUUUUUGUUAGUGUGCAUUUUCUGACUUCUGCCUAUGUUUGCCAUAAGGUAUUAGCUUUAAUUUAUUUUUCAAUUUUUUGUCCUCAUAUACAAUAUACUAGAGUUUUAUUUAAAAAUGAUUUUGAAAACAACACACUGCAUUUAAAUGCAAUAGUUAUGCUAAGCAAAUCCAAUUUUAAAGAGGUAUACAUCUACUGUAAAAGUAUAUUACACUAUCAAGUUCUAUUGUAUCUUGCCAGAAUGAGCAUAAACUGUAUAUUUAUGUUUAAACUGCAUCAAUUUACAAGCCACUGGCCAAUUACACAAUUACAGGGUCAUGUAAAAGGUCUUGUGGUGAUGUCAUCAAUGCAAACAAAUCCUAUUUAUUCAGUUCUGUUAGCAGCACAUCCUCGCACAGAGGCCUGACAAAAAGUAGUGUGACCAUUUGAGUUGUUUGUUUACAUGGACUUCCUUGACAUUAUACUAUAACUUCAGCAAUAUCCACAGUAGCCAGACAGUAGCUAGCUGCAUAUUGCCUACAAAAAUUUGCUCUUCUGUACAAAAGAAAUGUUUGUAAAGAACUAUCGGUAAUGUAGGUCUUGCUGUCGCAAGUGACUGAAACACAAGAGCUGAUACAGCAGGAAAAUGUAGUUUUACCCAUUUUAUUCAGGUUUGGAAUAGUCCAAUCCAGGGAAACCUAGUGAUAAUUAAAAAUAAUUAGCUGAUAUAGUGACAAAAAUCCACCAUAAACAUUGUGUUGAUUCACAACAGUCCACACCCAGACUAGAAUUUAAUACAAGCUCUCUGUACAAAACGGUCCCUGAAACUUUCAACUGACAUUCAGAUUACAUUGUUUGAAUUCAGAAGUAUUAUUUGAUCUUUAACCAACACAUUUCUUAUGCAGGCCAGUACCAGGAAAACUUUCAGAAGAACCAAGGUAAAAGCGUAUAUUGUAUGUCUGGUCUGAUUAGUCUCAACAUUACAUAUACCAUAAUUAAGCCCACCUUUCUUAGCUAAGUCUGGGGAAAAUUUAAAUGCUUAAGGGCCAUUGACCAUUUUAAGGAGUGUCCGGCUCUUCCAGUGACUCAAAUUCUUACAUGUUUAAACACUGAGAGUAAUUUAUGUUUAAAAAACUUGGCCUUUGACUUAAUCAAAUUCCCAUAUUGCGCAACUUGAUCUGAAAAGUAAAGGUGCCUUUUAAUCCUAUCUAUACCUCCUUGUUCGUGAGACCUGUGAGGGAGAAGCUCAGUUUCCAGCAUCCUCUAGAGCACACUAAAGAAGAGGAUUUAGACAUUAGAGAAUCAUUCCUGAAGACAAGCCAUUUGGUUUUCUGUGCUUUAUGGUAUGUUGGGAGAUUGCAUUUAGUCAUUCUUCACCACUGAGAGAUCUUCUUCCUAGCACAGUAGCCUAUUUCUAAGUACAUGUUUCAGAACUAUUCCUAAAAAAAUGCAUCAUUUUCUUUCUAGAUGAUAUUUUACUCAGUUUUCUUGUCCCAAACCCUACCACAGUUACUGGAAGUAAAAUCCUUCCACUUAACUUCAGCCCACACUUACCUCUUCAGCUGAGGUUCAGUUGCUCCCCUUACCCUUCUGCUGUCUUCCCAAACAACAAAAGAAUAGACAGCAGAAAGGAUUUAGCUAAUUCUCUUUAUCAGGCUCCUUCCUAUAUAACUUACUGAAACUGUAUUGAAGGGGAAGCUUCCGCCAAAGAGGAAGACUACCUUCUUUGUGAAAACAGAAGUUAUAUAGAAGGAAAACAAACACAGGUAGAUAUUAUUUUUAGUCUGAGUUACUAGAAUGAACAGUGGAAGUUUUUGACUCUUAAUAACUUUUAAUCUAAGUUUGAUCAUUCAAUGAAUGUACUUAGAAUACCAUAAAAUUAAUAUGCAAACUAUCCUGUCCUGUCAUGCUUUGCAUAGAAAAGUAAUCACUGAGCUCAUUAUUUGUCCACCUCCACUAAUGCAUUUAUUUGCUGCUACAAAUUUAAAAGGAAAAAAAAGACCUAAAAUGUUAAAUACUAUGUAUCUAACAAUCAAAACACCCUACUAAUAACAGAAUAUAGUUCCUAUAGCUCCUGGGUAUUAUUGUCAUUCAUCCUAGGUAAAUUAAAGAUCUGAUUUCUUUUUGAGUGGCAUGUCUUUCUGUACUUCUGUUACAGAACAGUUACUAGACUCCUCUCUAGGCCUAAGAGUAAGUAAGAGAAAUGAUCAGAAAGUCACAUAGAGAUGAAUAAUUUUUUUUGUCUUUACAUCCAUGGAACUUUCUUUUUCCUUUCUUUUCCUGAACCUUUUGAAGGGAGAACAGCAGAAACCUAGUAUAUAUAUUUUUGUAUAAAUUUUGUACCUCUCAAUCAGUCAGUAACAGUGCAGUCCCUGCACAAGUAUCUGUGCUUAGAACAGAAAGAGCUGAAAAUUGGCCAGUACACUAGAGUGGAGUCAGACGCUACAAAGGUGAUAGCAAAUACCAACAAAUUCCAUUUCUUUGGAUUAGACCUUAAAUGGUGGUUAAAUGUUUCUGCAAAUACAAUAUGACUUUUUACAAUGUAUUUUUAAAAUGUGUCAUUAGCAUCAAUAUAAUUUUCCCUCUGAAAAUUGUUCCCACUUCUAACUACAAGUACCACUUUGAACCCCACACACGAAGAGCUCUAAAUGAUUGUGCAGUCUUCACUCAUUUGUCAAAAACAAAGUAACAAAUUACAAGAUGUCCAAGAUGAGUCAUAAAACAAAAUGGAAAAAAAAAGUCUAUUGCCCCUAUGUUUUCACAUUUUGGUCCAGUAUUUCACUUGUGAUGGAAGAGUUGAAAGCAACAACUUGGUGGAAGCAAUAGAUUCAAUAUUUCUGAUCUUCCCAGUAAAGAGACUUUGCAGACCACACUGGCUCCCUUCCCUCUGCCACAGCAGAGUUAAAUUAGAUAAAUGAAACCUUAUAAUUGGGGUUUGACUUUGUUACAUGGUCUAUCAUUAAAAUUCUGUAAUUUUAUUUCUGAGUUUAAAGGGGAGAGAAGAAUUAGAUAGCAGCUCCUAAAGCUGACAUUAUUCAGUGCUGUACAGAGUGGGUUAUUGUUCAAGACAACCAUUGCUGCAAAAAUGAAAUGCAGAGGGGGAAGGGAGCAUACGAGCAAAUCAUUAAACAGAGAAAGAGCAUGGGAAGAGAAUAAAUACAUGGAAAAAAAAGGGACAGAGAAUGGUAUUAGAAGAUGUUUACAGUUUAAAGGAGAAUAAAAUAAUUUUGUGUUAAAAUUUCUCUUUACCUCUCUUGCCUCAUCAAAAAUAUCAUGCUCAAAGUGCAGGAAGUAGAGGAAAUUCUUCAGGAUGCCAUUGAUUCAGAAAUUAUCUCCAAGACCAGAAACGUCCUAUUGAUAAAUAAAAGAUAGUACAGACAAUAUAAGAAUACCUCUGUUGCUACUCUGACUGUGAUGACAGGCACAGCUGUGAAACCUGUAAGCUAUGGAAUCUAAUAGAAGACGAAAGGACACUCUGGGAAGAAGGGAGUCACUGAGGCUUACAUUAGCCUACAGUGCUAUAAAUAGAUAACAGGUGGAGCAAGAGUUAAGAAAUGGAGAACGGUCUAUAGGUGGGGUUAUGUGUCUUGAGAGGCUUUUGAGGUAAGACUGGACUGUAAGGCAUUUUCUUAUUUUUCUUCUGCCUCUCCCUCAAAAACAGAAUCUUGGAGUAAGUGUUGACUUCUACUGUGAUUUGUUUCACAACACUCAAGAAAUGAAAUGUAUAUACAUAUAGAAAAAUACAUAAGAAACCAGGCCUACUUACAAGCACUGCAGAAACAGCAGCUGCUUUCUUGUAUGAUAAAAGGUAGACUCACCAGCUAAAGAAACAGGUGAAAGCUUCUGUUUGAGUUUUUUUAAAGACAUAAUACAUUUAUGUCUACCCACAUCACAUUUCAGUUUUAGAGCCCAGAUGAGUCCUCUUCUUAUAUCACCUUGUAAAGAAAUUGUUUCUAUCUCUACAUAUGAAUUAGAUCGUAUGCAGUGCAAAUUUUACGUAAGGGUGUUUACUCUCUUCGAUGACUAUUGCCACCUCGUCUUCACGUUUCCUAGGAUAAACUGCUGGACGACAGUAGACCCUACUACAAUUCUAGUAUUAAACUAUUGAUACUUCUAUUUUUCUUUGGGAAAGUUGAAGACACCAUGCCAGCUCUUUCUACAGUGCUGUGAUAAUAAAAAUCUCUUCUCAUAUAUGUUAGGAUAUAUUUGUGAGCAAGUCACCACACAAACAGAUUCCUUGAGCUGCUUCCCAAAAUGAUUUAUUUAUUUACCUCCAGUUUCCAAAAUCUUGCAUGGCUUUAAUACAAUGUGGAGUUUAUCAUUUUUUGUUUAACUGUAGUACAUCAUGUACUUUUUAAGAUAUUUAUAUAUCUUAACCACAAAACUUUAUUAAUGGCCAUAUGUUUCUGAGAACUGAAAGGGAAAAAUACAUUUAAAUCACAUUGUCUCACAUUUUUACAGAACAGUAUAAUUUUAGUUGAUUAAAGUAGUUUUCCUGUCUAUUUUAGGAAACCUAACAAGCAAAUAUUUAAUGAAAUUUGACACUGUACAUUUUGCCUAACAGAUAUCACUUCAGUUAGACUAUUGUGAUGAGAAAGUAUUUACAUUCCAAAGA